AUGUUCAAAGGCAUCACCUCUGUCUCCGGUUGGAGUGUACCGCCAGUCAAGAAGAAAGCACUUUUCAUCCUUGCAGCAAUCGCGUUUCUCCUCCUAAUACCUCUCACGCCAUUGUAUCCCGACGUUCGAAACCAAUUACAGAGAAUAGAUACCAUAUCCACCGAUGUGAAGACGAACUCGAGCGCUUCUCCCGUCGAUGCCCGCCUUCUCGACUUUUGGAGAUCUCUCGCAGAAAGCAUCGCCAAGGCAGCACCUCAAUGCGAACCUCCAAGAGGCCCUGGCUCUCUUGAAGUGCCACAUUUCGAUAUUAGCGAUGAUUCAAAGCACCGGCCGGACGUUCUAGAGAUGCCAAGUGAGGACGUGCAUUCUAUGUUUCUUCUCCACAAUCUCAUGGUCAAAGAAAUUGAGGAGAAAUUUACAUCUAUACCUUAUGUUGCUGGGACCCGAGGAAUUGUGUGUCUGGCCGGGGGGAAGUACAUGCCGCCUUUAAUUGCUUCCCUUCGAAUGCUCCGCCGUACAGGUUCCAACCUUCCAGUAGAGGUUUUCACGUUCUCAUUGGCGGAGCAUGAGCCGUAUCUCUGCGAUGAAGUUUUACCGUCCUUGAACGCGAAAUGUGUCGCACUGUCACCCAUGUUCGACCAGGUGCAGCCCCCAGCUGAGCUCACUGGAUGGCAGUUGAAAGUGUUUUCAAUACUCUUUUCUUCGUUUGAGGACGUGCUCUUUCUCGAUGCGGACAACGUGGCGCUCAAGGACCCCGAAGAGCUAUUUUCGUCGAAUGUAUAUGCGAAAUACGGCUUGCUUAGCUGGCCGGACUUCUGGCUUCCUUCGGAGAGUAGUCAAUAUUUUGCUAUCUCUGGCCAGGAAGCUUCUGAUGUGGUCGAGCAUGCUGCAAGGGAAUCUGGUGAAUUGCUUGUUUCCAAAAAGUCUCACGCAAAAUCCUUGGCACUCGCAGCUUACUACAACGUCUAUGGUCCGGAUUAUUAUUAUGUCUUGAUCAGUCAGUUCGGGCCGGGCAUGGGCGACAAGGACACGUUCACUGCGGCCGCAGAGGUGUUCGGAGAGCCAGUGUAUUUCCUUGAUGAAAAUGCUCGCGUUUUUGGAAGCCUACCCGAGAAGGCCGGACAGUAUUACAGUAUCAUCCAGUACGAUCCGACGGCCGAAUACCUUGGACAGUCAAAAUCACCUCUGUUCAUGCAUAUCAAUCAGCCGGUGAAGAUGAAUAUCAAGGAGAUUAUCGGACACCAUUCGUUCGGGUUCGGGAUGCAGAUCUGGGGAAGUGCAGAAGAAGCUCAAGAGAUGACUGGGGUUUCAAACCUACCACUGGCACUAUGCGAGGAAUUGAUAUACUCGUCUUGCAAUGUAUCGGUUUACAAGGAUUGGUCUAAAGCGCAGCAGAAUUACUGCGAUGCCGCACGACAUCACUGCUCCUUGUAA